CGAAAAUUCACAUUCAGCCGUCAAGACUGAACAAUGGUUAACAUGAGCUAUCACCAAUUUUCACUAAAAUAUCCACAUUCAAGCUCAAGACAGUCGAGAAGGCGAACGAAUAAAAGAAAAAGGAAUUGUUGGAACAAGCUAUCUCCAACACAUUGGCAGACUUGAUUAACAGAGACUUUCUAAAGGUCCAGUGUGAAGCGUGUGGCCGAGUAUCUGUGAGUUGCGACUGAUUGGCGAGAUGACUGCCGAGUGGCUACACCUGCCCCCGCCGUACCCCCCUGGUGUGGGGCCGUUGUGUGGUGCAGAGUUGGAGGCGUGGUAUGAGGACCUGCAGGAUAUUCUGGGCUCCGACACGGGAGGGGCAAAACUGGCGCGUGCCCCCACAUGCACCGAGAAGGAGCCAGAGUUUCUGGAUGUUCUGGAAAGUUGUUCUCUGACGUGGCUGACGGAUGGUAGCCAGACGUGGGGCGAGGGUGUCCAAAGGGCAACAGAGGAAAUCCACAACAGCCAGCCUCUGCAUCACACCUCAUCAUCGUCCUCUUCUUCCUCUUCCUGCAUGAGUCCAGCUGUUGCAGAAGAGCGGCGGGCGGAGGCUGACAAUGGGAGAAGUGGAGAUAGUUCGGCAGGAGGUGGCAGUGACCUGCUGCCCCCAGAGUUCUUUGAGUUGCUGAGCGAAGGAGGAGUGGGAAUGGUUGAUCCGAGCGGAGCGGUGAUCAGCAGUGGCUAUUAUUACCACCACCAUCAACACCACCAGGCUAAUAAUGUCCAACCUGCGUCUCCCUCAGCUAGUGAGGAGGAACUGCCCUGUGUCCCAGAUUCUCCAUCCUGCUCCUCCUCAGCCUCCCGGUCGCCAUCUCAGAAUUGUUCUUCCCCGUCCUCACCUGUCUCUUCUCCUUCCGCCUAUCCAUCCUCCCGCCUGGGAAAACGCAAGAGGACCACCAGUGAAAGGACCAACAGUGCCUUGUCCUCUUUCGCCUCCUCUACGCAGCACACAUCCUUAUCAUAUUCGUCUGCCAAAAAGAGUCGCAAAGAAAGAGAGCAGGAGAACGAGAGGAAGGUACAGGAACUGACGGAGCAGAAUGAGCGUUUGAAAGCAGAGAUUGAAAGGUUGGGAGAAGAGGUACAGAGGACACGUAGAGCCCUGAUAGAGAGACUAGUCAACACCAGGAAAUGAGGGGGGAAAAGAAAGACAGGAUAGAAGAAAGGAAUAAAUGACAGGUCCUACAGAAUUGGAAUAAGCAGUGGUGGGGAAAUGUGUAAUAUGGUGGACAUGAAAUGCCUCUUAAGACAGGGAAGAGAAUUUUUUUUUGAGAGAGGAUUUUUGGAAAAGACAGAGUUAAAGAUGGCAAGAAGGAGGAAAGUGAUGAAAGUCAAGACAAGGAAAGGCACAGAAAGAUGGGCUGCAACAGCACUGCGGCAAAUAAAAAGACACAGCAUGUACAAAGGAAAAGGAAGAACAGAAAGCUCUAAGUGCAAAUCAUGCAGUGGUUUUGAUGAAUGUUUGUCAUUUUAUAGAAUGCCUAACAUAAAGUUCCAUCAAAUAGGAUUGCAGACAUUAUAGUUAUGAGCAUUUGAUGAUUUGUAUGUAGGACAGAAAGGAACUUUAUUCAGAGAGUGCAUUUCAUUGUCAUCCCUUCCCACCAUUUUGCAAUAAAUUGUAACUCCUACUUUAAAGGGCUGCAAUCUGGCUAGCAGAGAUUAUUUGCCCCAAUUUGUGGAGAGUUAAGGAGCUCAGGAAAAGUUUUGAAAGUGCCCAUUGCAAUGUGAGUAUGAGAGAAUGAUUUUUUUGGGAGAGAAUUCAUACCUUUUCUUACUUUUUUAUAACCCAUGGCUUGUGUGUAUGUGUAUUUAAAUAAAGCAAGUAGGACCCGGCUAUACUUUCGAAGCUGACCUUUUCUAUCAAUAUGUGAAUUAGUAGUAGAAUUAUAAAUUGUUCUACCCUGAUUUACUAUUUUUAUAUAAUGCUGUAAAAUAUACAAUUGUACUGUAAUGGCUUGUACUGUAAUAUGCCAACAUAACCACUGUUAUUUUCUCAUUGUAGUCACAUAAAUUGUUAAUCGUAGAAUAAUAUGCAUGGCUUUUAUCAUUGAUGGAAUCAAAUUCAUGUAUUUUACCAUACUAUUUCUUUUAUCCUUCAUUGUAAUCUCAAAUUUGCAAUAAAAGAAAGAAUGUGCA